CACCCCGUAAUAACGUACUCGUGCACUAAGUGUUGGUCAAUCGGUAGCGGGCUGUACUUUGACGAACUUCGUUAUAAGACCCUGUGCAACUCAGAUAAAAUGGACUGCAUACCCUGGGGUGGUUCACAUUCUUCCAGGCUUUCAUAUCUCGCGAUACCUCAUGGAUGUCCGUGAAAAUUGUCUGGGCCGUGUCAUAGGUUGCGAACUCCGCUGUAUACCACCCAGAUAUCUCAAAUCGUGUUGGGGGCUGAAGUGGUGCCCCAAAUUUUAUGCUCGAGGACCAAGCGAAUUCGACGUUGGGGUUUUAACACCGGAUGGAAAAUACAACUCCCUAAAGACUGAUGGUCCCUUGGCUAUGGAGCAUAGAGCUCAGGAUAGCAUUGCGAAUUUGAAACCGUCUCCAAGCUUGCCCAGCACUAUCUAUGAUGCUGAUGGUUGGCUAGGAUCAAGGAGACGCGAACCGCCUUCUUCACCAUCCUGGCACUUCAGUGUGCCCCCAUCUCCUGCUCAUAUUAUACACGAGAGAACACAAGAUCAACCUGAUUUUAUACGUUCUCCUGCCCAUUCCUCAACGCCUCUGAUUGCGCCAGGAGGGACGGAGAGACCGUCUCGGCUACCCAUACCUAUCCCUGGAUCAAGAACUACGUUGUUGUCGAUCCAGCCCUUCUCAGAGCCUUAUACGUCAGAGCUCUCGUAUGCUCUACUUCCGGGACAUUCGUCGCACCCAUCGCAGAGCUGUGGUACUCCAACAGUUGGGGAACCCCUGCAUUUGCAUUAUUUAAGCCCCAAAGUUACGCUUGCUGUAUCGCAGGAUCCAGCUGCCCUGCUGUAUGAUGUAGCGCCAGAGACUGACGCCUCUCCAGAGCACCUGGUCUCAGAUCCAGGAGACGCGCAGGAACAAUAUCUCCCCCUGGACAGCAUCCAUGCCCAUUCCACACUACAGGUUCACCUCAUGACUCCCACUAUGCAAACUCUGCAAGCAACUUUGUUGGAUUCAUGGAACAACCUAGAUUUCUCUCCUGCAUCGACGACUCCGAUGUCAUGUUCAACGUCGUUCAGCACUGACUCUAGUUUGAUUGGAGAGUUCGAACACCAUCAUGGUCCAGGAGUUGCAACUUCAAUGCCGGAAUUGAUGGGAUUGGGCUGGGAAAAUUCGACGCAAUCCAAUGACCAGUUGGAGGCAGGGAUGACGGACGAGGAUUGGCAGCUACAUCGGACUUUCACGCGUUCCUCGCCGAUGCAUCAGUCGAGAGGGCUAUCUCCUAUUGAUAUGAGUGUGGAUGAGCUGCCAGGCACCGGUGAUGGAGAGGAGGCAGCGUACAAUCUUUCCGGCACCUUCCUCUUCUCCAGCGCCUUUCAUGAUGCUUUCGCUUGCUGAAGGCCGCUGGGCAGCUGCUCAGAUAGGCUGCUGUCCAACACAUUCAUCUUUCUAUUUCCGCUAUUCCAACAACCUGGCAAACAUGAUGCGCCCUCGUGGUACUGCGCUAUGUUGGCGUGUUGUUCGACAGGCAUGGUUGGUUAUGUCCGCCAGUCCACGAACACAGGCAAAGCAAAACAAUGCGCCCCUAGCUUCUGAGGACGAUGGUGUUGCCAGAAGCGCGCAGGUGUAUAUUCAUUUAAUACAAGGACAUCAUACCCAUAUAUUUUACUCGCAUAAUUGUCAUAUAAAUGUUUGUUACUUCAGAUCAAUUUGGCAUAUAUGGCGGGUGUUGUGAU